AUGAGAAACUGUUGCGCUCCUUUCGCUGAAGUGAAACUUAUACGAUCCUUCAUCGUCUUGAGCUUGGUAUUCGAAUUUCCGUGGUGUCUAAUGACGCUGGGCGACUUAGCUGUUAGAUAUCUCUCGGAGCAGUACGCACGAUUGUAUCACACUUACGGCGUGAUAUUUACUCUACCAACUUUCUGCCAGUGCUUCUUCGUUUCCUACCUAUUCUCGGAUCGCUACAGAUCUGCAUACCGCAAAGAGUUUCGGGAUAUUUUGCAACGGAUCAGUACUUUGAGGACUGGUAGCCAAUUUUUCACUAGUGUCCAAUCUCCAAAUCCCCCACAUAACGAAGAACUCAUGCCAAGCUCCAGAGAAAAAAUGAAUUUGGAUCAAGUCAUUCGCGAUCAUUUUGCUCAUGGACCUGUCGAGCACAACUACUCAAUGCCAUUUCUUUUAGAUAUACUACAAAAAGCCGAAGCUUCUCUCGAAAAACUGCCCUCAUUGAUUGAACUCUCAGCUCCGAUCAUUAUAGUGGGAGAUAUUCACGGGCAGUAUGCAGACUUAUUACACAUCUUUGAGAACUGUGGUUGGCCAUUCUACAAAAGAUACCUGUUCCUCGGAGAUUACGUUGAUAGAGGAAGAAACUCGCUUGAAGUAUUAGUUCUCUUACUUGCUCUUCAAAUUCGAUUUCCCCGACAGGUAUUUCUGCUACGUGGGAAUCAUGAGAUCAAAUCUGUGAACAAAGGCUACGGCUUUUACGGUGACAUGAGGUUAAGAUAUCCCGAUGGUGGUGGUGAUCUAAUACUUGAAGCUGUGGCAAAAGUUUACAGCCAGUUACCACUCGCGGCUCUUCUUUGUAACAAAAUUCUUUGCUUGCAUGGCGGUCUCUCUCCCAAAUUGCAAAGUAUUGAUGAUAUUCGGAACAUCAAACGAGGACUCAUAGAACCAUCAGGUUUGGUCGAGGAUCUCCUUUGGGCUGAUCCAUCUCCGGUAUGCACUGGCUUCAAAGCAAACACAGAACGUGGAUGCUCUUUCGUAUUUGGCACCGAUGUAGUUGCCGAACGAUGUCAGAAAAUGGGCAUAUUGAUGAUUGUUCGUGGACAUCAAGCUGUUGACGAAGGAUUUGAGAUAUCAGCAGACCGAAAAGUGAUUACCUUGUUCAGCGCUCCUGGAUACCAAGAUCAUUACAUUAACAAGGGAGCGGUGAUGGUGGUAUCUGCUGAUAGAACAGUGACGUUUAAGCAAUUCACGAGGCAGCAAAAAAUGGAAGGACGUCCGCAGUGGUUCCUACUACCCAUGUCAGAUUCCUAAGAGAGAUUGACAAUACAG